AUGGGGGCAUUCGCCGCCGACUUCAACGAGGACGCCGACCUCAGCGCUCUGCGCUUCCUCUCCGUCAACUCCAUUGUGGACCCGUGGGUCUUCAUCAUCUUCCGCACCUCCGUCUUCCGCCUCUUCGUGCGCCGCCUGUGCCGCCGCCUGGGCUCCCGCCGGGCCACGCUGAAGAUGCUGCGCUGCCGCCGCCCGCCCCGCGCCCGCCCGCCGUCCCUGUUCCACGUCCUGGUGCUGGCCCUGGUGGUCACCGACCUGCUGGGCACCUGCUCCGUCAGCCCCUUCGUGCUGGCCUCCUACCACCGCAACCUGACGCUGAACGCCCUGGGGCGGGGAGGGCACAUCUGCCUCUACUUCGGCUUCGCCAUGAGUUUCGGCCUCGCCACCAUGCUCGUCCUCUUCGCCAUGGCGCUGGAGCGCUGCCUGGCCCUGGGGCGGCCCUACUUCUACGAGCGCUUCCUCAGCCCCCGCGCCGGCCUGGUGGCCCUCCCGGCCAUCUACACCUUCUCGGCAGCCUUCUGCUCCUUGCCUCUGCUGGGCUUCGGGCGCUACGUGCAGUACUGCCCCGGCACCUGGUGCUUCAUCCAGAUGCGCGUGGACGACGGUCGGCACAAGGCGGCCGGUUUGCACGUCACCUUCUCGUUGCUUUACGCCACUUUACUCCUCUUCCUCAUCCUCUCGGUGCUGCUGUGUAACCUCAGUGUCAUCGCCAACCUGGCCCGCAUGCAUCGCCGCGGGCAGAGGACGCGCCGGCUGGCCACGCUCGAGCAGCCGCGAGUGGUGGGGGGCUGCGGCCGCCGCAUCUUCUCCAUGGCCGAGGAGAUCGACCACCUCCUGCUCCUCGCCAUCAUGACCAUCACCUUCGUCAUCUGCUCCUUGCCCUUCACGAUCUGUGCCUACGUCAAUAAGUUCAGCCAGAGCGAGAACCACGACUGGGACCUGCUGGCACUGCGCUUCCUCUCCAUCAACCCCAUCAUUGAUCCCUGGGUCUUCGCCAUCCUGCGGCCGCCGGUGCUGCGGGUGCUGCGCUCCGUGCUGUGCUGCCAGCUGUCCCCAUGCAGACAGGAUGCGCAGUGCUCGACCCCUGCAAAAACAAAGCUGGAGCCCGGCGGGCAGUAGGUGCAGAAGGAAGCAGCCAACAGGCUGGGCUCACUUUGGGUGGGCUCUGUUUCAUGGCUUCAAAAGGGACGUCGCUGCCGUAAGGUGGGACGGGGCUGCAGUCGGUGCCACGCCAAGCCAACGUGGGUGGAAGUGAUGCUGGUGGGAUGGGACUGGAACAUCAGGCAUCGCUAACACCCUGGGGUGGGGCGAGUCGUGCCCCAUGGAGGGCUGUGGUGGGGAUGCCGUUGAGGAUCUCCAUCUCAGGAUGGUGGAGAGGUGUGGGCACAGGUGUGGGUCCACCACCAACACCCAGCUCAGCAGGGUUGGGCAGGAGAGGAGCUGGCAGAGGGAGAAGGUUGGCUCCACUUCUUCCUUUCCCCUCUGUCCUCUGCCCAAGGGAAUGCAGUGUAUCAGUUGUGGCUCUGUGUGUCUGUGUCUGUUUGUCCUCCUCCUGGCGAUGUCAGGCUCUGCAUGGUGGCGGCCCAGCAUCGAUGGCCGCUGUGGCCACGUGGCCUCUCCCAGAUUCCCUUUUUGCAAAGAACUUUUCUUGUCCCUGUUUUACCAUGCCCAGGGCUUUGGGUUUGGGGUUGGCGUGGAAGAGAAGGUCUCAUCCCCACAGUCCUUCCCGUGGGGACUUGCCCGGUGGCACUCGUCCCAGUGUCCCCACCACCACUGGGAUGCUGCAGUGUCCCACCAAAGCGAUGUCUUCGUGCUAUUGCAGAUGGCGUGGCCUUUCUGUUGGAGAGCUCUGCCCCAGAAAAGCCCUAACGGGCAGAGAUGUGGAGCUCUCCUAUAUGGCAUCAGUGUAAAACCCCUGUGUAAUAAAUGUCACUGGAAGGAGCUGUGUGUGGUUUUGU